UAACGAAGAAACGGAUUUGUUCGCCGGAGGAGGAAACUUCAACAGAACAACCACUUUCCUCUCCGAUGAGUACUCCUCGAGAUCUCUCCUUCCUCAUCACCGCUCUCUUCUCCUCCACCAUCUUCCUUCAGCUUUCCUCGCUACCGGAUCCUUCGUUCUACGAUUACCUCCGCGAGAGCGGUCUCCCCGCGGGUAUAGUCCCCAAGGGAGCCACCAAUUUCUCAAUCGACGUCAAAACGGGGCGUUUCACAGUCGCUCUCCCCGUUCCCUGCGACGCGAAAUUCGAAAGCCAGUUCCACUUCGACUACAACAUCACCGGCGUCCUCUCCGAUGGGAGGAUCGGGAACUUAUCGGGCGUGACGCAGAAGGAGCUCUUCCUGUGGUUCGCCGUCAAGGGAAUACACGUGGAUCCGGAGAGCUCGGGGCUGAUCCACUUCGAUGUCGGUGUCGCUGAUAAGCAGAUGUCUCUCUCCCUCUUCGAGUCGCCUCGCGAUUGCACCGCCGCGGUAUAUGAACACC